GGGCAGCUCCUGGGGGCGGGGCUCGGGCCCGGACCAGACGCUGCUGCUGCCUCCGUGGGACCCGGGAGCCCGGGCUGGGCAGCUGCUGCCCCCCCCAGGGUCCCUGCUGGGGGGCCCGUCAUUAACCCCCCCGUGCCCGGCCGGGGGGGGGGGGUUCUCCAGUCGGGACCAGCCCCCUGGGCAGCCCCCGGCUCUGCCCGCCCCCAGCCGGAGCCCCCCGCCAGGCUGCAGAAUGACGUCCAUGUUUCCCUCCAGUUCAUCCCGUCCUCCCACGGGACAGGGGAGAGAAAUGGCUGCAGAGGAGCCCGUUAAGGGGCCGGUGACCUUCGAGGAGGUGGCUGUGUAUUUCACCAGGGAAGAGGGGGCUCUGCUGGACCCCGCUCAGAGAGCCCUCUACAGAGACGUCAUGCAGGAGACCUAUGGGAAUGUGACCUCGCUGGGGUUUCCCGUUUCCAAACCUGAUGUGAUCUCCCAGCUGGAACGAGGGGAGGAGCCGUGGGUCCUGGAUCUCCAGGGCUUUGAGGAAGGAGAGAUCCCGAGAGGCGCCUGCGCAGCAGGUGCUGGGAUGGUGAAUGAGAACGAGGAGCUGACUCUGCAGCAGGAAGAUGCUGAGCAAGGGGAAGCGCGCGGGGGAUUAUCCCAAGGAUCGAAAGGGAAUGUGUCCAGGCGUGGUGUGAAGGGGAAAGCCUGUGAGAGCCAGCACAGGCCAGAGAGGCAGCAGGGAAACCAGCCCAGGGAGAAAGUGGGUAAAAUCAUUAAUUGUCAGGGGACUCACCAGGACUCCAAGGAAAUCACAGCCCAGCAGGGAAUACCUACAAGAAAACACACAUGCACUGAGUGUGGGAAACACUUCAGUAGCCACUCAGACCUUAUGAAACACAAGCGAAUCCACACAGGAGAGAGGCCCUAUGGAUGCCGUGUGUGUGGGAAAAGCUUCAGCCAGAGCUCUCACCUUAUUCGGCAUCACAGGAUCCACUCAGGAGAGAGACCUCACGAGUGCGGCAAGUGUGGGAAAAACUUCACUCUGAGUUCUGCCCUUAUUAGACACCAGAGGAUCCACACGGGAGAGCGACCCUAUCCGUGCUGUGAGUGCGGGAAAUCCUUCACUGACAGCUCAGCUCUUGUUAAUCACCAGAGGACCCACACAGGAGAGCGCCCCUAUACAUGCUGCGAGUGCGGGAAACAGUUCACCCGGAGCUCAGGUCUUAUUAUACAUCAGAGGAUCCACACAGGGGAGCGCCCCUAUGAAUGCUGCGAGUGCGGGAAAAGCUUCACUGUCAACUCAGACCUAAUUAAUCAUCAGAGGAUCCACACAGGAGAGAGGCCCCAUGAAUGCUGCGAGUGCGGGAAAAGCUUCACUCAGAGCUCAGCCCUUAUUAGACAUCAGAGGAUCCACACAGGGGAGCGACCGUAUAAGUGUUGUGAGUGCGGGAAAAGCUUCGUUGUCAAGUCAGAUCUUAUUGGACAUCAGAGAAUCCACCUGGGAAAGAUCCCCUAUAAAUGCUCUGAGUGCGGGAAAGCUUUCACGCAGAGGUCAGCCCUUGUUACACAUCGGAGGAUCCACACAGGAGAGAGACCCUAUGAAUGCUGUGAGUGCAGGAAAAAAUUCACUGUCAAGUCAGACCUUACUAGACAUCAGAGGAUCCACACAGGAGAGCGUCCCUAUGAGUGCUAUGAGUGUGGGAAACAGUUCAGUCAGAAAUCGAACCUUAGCGCCCAUCAGACAAGCCACACAGGCGAGACACCUUAUCAAUGCUGUGAGUGUGGGAAAGGCUUCAGUGUGAGCUCUGCCCUUAUCAUACAUCAGAGGAUUCACACGGGCGAGAGACCUUAUCGCUGCUCGGUGUGCGGGAAAGGUUUCAUCCGCAGCUCACACCUGAAUAGACAUCAGAGGAUCCACACAGGGGAGCACCCCUACCAAUGCUGUGAGUGCGGGAAACAGUUCAGUGAGAAAUCAAACCUUAUUACACAUCAGACAAGCCACACAAGAGAGAGACCCUAUGAGUGCUGUGAGUGCGGGAAAAGCUUCACUCGGAGUUCAACCCUUAUUAGACAUCAAAGAAUCCAUAUAGGAGAGAGACCCUAUGAGUGCUGUGAGUGCGGGAAAAGCUUCACUCGGAGUUCAACCCUUACUAGACAUCAGAGAAUCCACACAGGAGACAGACCCUAUGAGUGCUGUGAGUGCGGGAAAAGCUUCACUCAGCGCUCAGUCCUUAUUAAUCAUCAGCGAAUGCACACAGGAGAGCGCCCCUAUACGUGCUGUGAGUGCGGGCAAACAUUCGCUCAGAGCUCAGCCCUGUUUAAGCAUGAGAAGAUCCACACGGGAGAGCGCCCCUAUGAAUGCUCUGAGUGCGGGAAACAAUUCAUUGAGAAAUCAAAAUUUAUGAAACAUCAGACGAGCCACACAGGAGAGAGACCCUAUGAAUGUUGUCAGUGCGGGAAACAGUUCAGUGAGAAAUCAAGCCUUACUAAACAUCAGGCAAGCCACACGGAUGAGAGACCCUAUGAGUGCAGUGAGUGCGGGAAAAGCUUCACUCGGAGCUCAUCCCUCAUAAGACAUCAGAGGAUCCACACAGGAGAGAGACCGUAUAAAUGCUGUGAGUGCGGGAAAAGCUUUGCUUUCAAAUCAGACGUUAAUAAACAUCAGAGGGUCCACACGGGAGAGCGCCCCUAUGAAUGCCGCGAGUGCGGGAAACAGUUCAGUCAGAAAUCAAACCUUAGGGCACAUCAGAGAGGCCACGCAGAACAGAGUCCCUAUGAGUGCCGUGAGUGCAGGAAAAAGUUCACUCAGCUCUCAGGCCUUAUUAAUCACCAGAGAAUCCACCCGGGAGAGCGCCCCUAUGAAUGCUGCAAGUGGGGGAAACAGUUCAGUGAGAAAUCAAACGUUCUUAAACGUGAGGCAGGCCACGCCGGGGAGAGACCCUAUGAGUGCUGUGAGUGCGGGAAGAAGUUCACUCAGCGCUCAGGCCUUGUUAAUCACCAGAGAAUCCACACAGGAGAGCGCCCCUAUACAUGCUGCGAGUGCGGGAAAAGCUUCACUCAGAGCUCAGGCCUUAUUAAACAUCGGAGGAUCCACACAGGAGAGAAACCCUAUGAGUGCUCCGAGUGCGGCAAGAACUUCACUGAGAGCUCAUCUCUUAUUAGACAUCAGGGGAUCCACACAGGAGAGAGACCCUAUGAAUGCUUUGAGUGUGGGAAAAGCUUCACUUUUAAAUCAGACCUUAUUAAUCAUCAGAGAAUGCACACGGGAGAGCGCCCCUAUGAAUGCUGUGAGUGCGGGCAAACAUUCGCUCAGAGCUCAAGUCUUACUAUUCAUCGGAGGAUCCACACACGAGAGCAGGCUGUGAGUGCGGGAAAAGUUUGAUCCGGAGCUCACACCUUAAUAGACAUUAGUGAUUUCACAGGAUAGAGACACACCAUAAAACUUUUGUGCAGAGCAGAGGGAAAAAAAUAUAUAUUUUAAAGACCUUUUCUAAUUCCCACAUAGCGACUUUUUAGGGCUGUUUGCACCAUUUGCGUCACCCUGUUCUUUCAGCUCCCCCAGGUGAGUUGCCUGCUUUUUGUUUUGCAGGUCGCCCUUCUCUGGGGUGAAUCCCGUGGUCCUUUCUACCAACUCCCUUCUCCUGCGAGUCAUCAUGGGAGUGUGUCCCUCCUGCCAGGAGUGUCCGUCAGCCCCAGGUGGGGGAAAUAGGGGUGACCUCAAGUAGUUACACUGAGCGAAAAUCAACCUGGGCUUUGUCUCCACUAGGAUUUUCCAUGGGGUCGGCCUGCUGGAGGACGAUCCUAGUGCCAACACCCCGCUGUAUGUGCCGUGCUGACACAGCCCAGGCUGGGGUUAGCUCGCACCUUCCCCUUUGACCUGUCCUAAUCGACACCAAUUUUCAUAGUCUAGACAGGCCCUAAGCAUCACAUGUAUAUUGUCACCCCACCAGCAGAGCGAGUGUUAGUCACCAGAUUCCCCCUUUGGUGACAGAUUGUUUGAUUCCCAGUUGUUCUCACACUGGUCCAGGUUGUGCUGGGCAGCAGGUUGUUUUUUGUUUUCUUUACCAUUUCCCUUAUUGAAAAUCUAUUUCAAUAUAACAAAGAGGAGGAGCAGGAGUGGGACAAAUGUAUCAUUUCGGCCUCUACGACACCGGAAGGAAAUGGGGUGAGUCAGCGGGAUUCCCUCCUUCCCCAUCACCGUCACUAGGCCCGCUCACACCAGCAGCGCUGGCGUCUGUCUGAGCCACAAUGGAGCUUAUCCGCCUAUAUUCUACCCCUCCACCUCCCAAAGAGUCUCUGCACUUCAUAGCAAAUUGAUCCUAAAUCCAACUUGUUAGGGCUGGAGAUGAAAGUGUCCCAGACCUGGAUGGGGAAUUCCAAUGGAUCCCAAGCACAGUGCGAUCAUUCCCCAUUUAAAUCCCAAUUUCUGUCUGUUGACAGAGCCCCUUCUGGGCUUUUUCCUGCUGAGCUGGGAUCAUUUGCACAGGAGAAGUUUGGUAGUUUUCCCCUAUUACGACAAUGCUGUUGUUUUUUGUCAGUAACACAAUUCCAUAACAAUGAAGUGCUGUGGAGUGAGGCAGGUUUGAAUGGAUCAGAGGAGAAAGCGACGGGGGAAUCUCCUCUCCUGGUUUUUGAUUAAUCAGAUGGAACCUUGAAUUUAAUUUUAUAUGAAACUGAAAGUGACUUAUACAGAGCUAGCUGAGUGGUGUUAAGAAUAGGUUUAGGUUUAGUGAACUUCUUCAUUUUAUUUGUUUUAUACAUUUCAUUAAAAUGUAUAGCAAAUCAUGUCUUUCAAUAAGCUCCCGGCUCAGAACCGUGGAGCAUCUGGGUGGAGAUCAGCCAGUCCAAGUCAGAGCCUUAUCAGCUCCCUCUGUGUUAACCCUUUGGCUCUCACAGAGCAGCUGGGGGGGUGGGGAGAGAACCCAUCUCAGCUCCCACUGCAUCUUCGGGGGCUCAGAGCAUCGCAAGUGAGGUCCCCUAUGCAGGCUUUCAGGAGUAGGGAGCUGGGAGGGGAGAGGUGGGCUGAGGCUGUGUCUGCCUCAUGAGGGGUUCGUGGAAUGGGGGGUAUCUUUAAGUAGGGGUGGAUUGGUUGUGGAUUUCUCAGCUUUCACUGUAAUGGUCAGGGCCAGUCACCACUGCCAUCUGGCUUGCCCUGGGUUGGGGUUGUCUGCUCAGGCCCAGCUGAAGUUGGGGGUCUAGUUCGGAGGGUUGUAAAUGGAAGUGAAGAGAUUGUGUCUUUCAGCCAUUGUGAUGUUGGCAGAGUGAAGAUGAUUGUGUUUGGGGGGAACAUUGGGGAAUGACUGAAAGAGGGCAGAGUUAAGGUUAAAAGAAAAGGAGUACUUGUGGCACCUUAGAGACUAACCAAUUUAUUUGAGCAUAAGCUUUCGUGAGCUACAGCUCACUUCAUCGGAUGCAACAGCUCCGAUGUAGCUGUAGCUCACGAAAGCUUAUGCUCAAAUAAAUUGGUUAGUCUCUAAGGUGUCACAAGUACUCCUUUUCUUUUUGCGGUUACAGACUAACUCGGCUGUUACUCUGACACCUAGAGUUAAGGUUGUGUGGGCAACCUUAACUUUGAGUUUCCUAGUUUUCAGACGUGUGAGUUUUUCAGAAGCUGAGGUUCUGAAGGCAGACAACAUUCCACUGGGUAACCUUAACUCUGCAUUAAUGAGGUUUUUUUGCCCUUUAAUUACUCUGAGGGGAAUUCUGUGCCAAAAAAUUAAAAAUUCUGUACACAAUA